AUAUCAUCAGUUCAUUUGAAUCGACAAGUCUUGCAAUGGUUUCCAAAACUAAAUUCGGUCUCUUGGCCGUUCUCUUCUGUGCCCAAGCCGUUUUUGGCAUCACUAUUAUCUCCAAAGCGGAAUGGGGAGGUGCUCCCGCCACCAGUAAAACAACCUUGUCCAAUAACUUACAAUAUGCCGUCAUUCAUCAUACCGAGGGUGCUGCUUGCUCCGAUAAGGCUUCCUGCAGCCAGCAGAUGAGAAAUGUUCAACACUACCAUCAAAAAACGUUGAGAUGGGCUGAUAUUGGUUACAACUUCCUGAUUGGUGGUGACGGAAACAUCUAUGAGGGUCGUGGCUGGAAUGUUGUGGGUGCUCACGCUACAAACUGGAACUCCAAGUCACUUGGCAUCUCCUUCAUUGGCAACUAUCACAAUUAUAAACCCAGUGCUGCCCAAAUCAAUGCUGCCAAAAAUCUAUUGGCUGCUGCUGUUUCUCGUGGUCAAAUCGUGUCCGGUUAUGUUUUGUACGGUCAUCGUCAAGUCGGAUCCACCGAUUGUCCCGGCACCCAUUUGUGGAAUGAAAUCAAGACCUGGGCUCACUGGAAGGCUUAAGUAUGGAUAUUGAAAGUGUAUUAUUUGCAAAAAAAAAAAAAAAAAAA